AUGCCCGACUCACCAGCCACCGUCGUGCUCAUCACAGGCGCAAACUCCGGCAUCGGCUUUGCAAUAGCGAAAACCAUCGCCUCAGCCUCGUCAGACUACCACGUCAUCAUCGGCAGCCGCUCUGCGCAAAACGGCCAGAAUGCAGUCCAAGAAAUUCAGUCCUCGGAGACCACAAAAGGCUCUCUUUCUAGCGUCCAACUAGACGUCACAGACUUUACCGCAAUUGAAUCCGCAGCAAAGCAUAUUGAAUCGCAGUUCGGCCGUCUAGACGUCCUGAUCAACAAUGCCGGUGUCUUCUCACAGGCCCAAUCAACCAAAACGGCAAUGGAGGAGACGUUCGCUGUAAACUGUAUCGGGCCCGCACUGGUCGCCGAGACCUUCAACCCCCUCCUGAUGAAGUCGGCUCGUCCGUACUCGAUCUUCAUCUCGAGUAUCCUGGGUUCGUUGUCCGAGGCGGCUGAUCCGACGUCUCCGGUCCACUAUUAUGACGGCGUGACGUACCGGAUGAGCAAGGCUGCGCUGAAUAUGUUGGUUGUACAGCAGCAUAAGCUGUUUGCUCCCAAGGGGAUUAAGGUAUUCGCUGUGUGCCCGGGAUUGGUUCGGUCGAAUCUGAGAGGGAAGGGAGAGGAAGAUGUGUCCGCUGGAGGAAGGGCUGGCGAUCCGAUGGUUCCAGCGGAGAUGAUUUUGGGUAUAAUUGAGGGGAAGCGAGAUGCUGAUGCUGGGAAGUUUUUGCGUGGUGAGAGGGUGUUGAAAUGGUGA